AUGGCUUUGGUCAACAAAUGCCCAACCAAAAGCCCAGAGGCACUCGCUCACUUACCCGACACGGAUAUGCAACUGGGGGAGGCGAAUUCGAAAUUGAUAGUAAUCAACAAGCUAAUCACAAUCACAAUCACAAUCAUGAUAUCACAAUCUUCUCUUACGUGGCAGAUGCAUCCUCUAUUGGACCACAUGGGAAUUACUCUAGUUGCCUUUAUCUUAUCUUGUGGAGGUUGA